AUGGCGGGGCCGGGCGGGAGGGCGCGCGGGCGGGCUUCCGCGGCAGGCCGCUCCCCGGCCGCCGGGCUCCGAGGGCGGCGGCGCGGGCGUUCAGCGGCGCCGGGGCGAUGGCGCCAUCGGGGCGCGGGCGGCGGCGGCGGCGGCGGCGGCGGCGGCGCGCGGUGCGCACGGACCGGCCCGGCGCUGGCUGCUCGGGCGCUCACGCUGCGCGCCGGCUCCGCGCUCCCCCUGCGGGCUCGGCGCGCCUCCCGGGCAGCCCCAUCCCCCGCCGGCGGCGGCGGCGGCGGCGGCGGCGGCGGCGCGGCUCAGGCGGGACCUGAAGCGCGGCUCCGGGCGGCGGCGGCGGCGGCGGCGGCGGCGUGGUCCCGUCCGGGCGGGUCCUGCGGGACAAGACGGGGAGCCGGUCACGGGGCGGGGCGGGGGGCGGAGGGCGCGCGGCGGGCGGGGAGGGAGCGCGCCGCCCUCGACGAGCCGGGCUCGGGGCCGGAGGGGCGCGGAGCCCGCGCGGCGAGACGGGGGGCCCGGCGGCCCUGCGCGCCGGCCACCGAGGGCGCACGGGCCGCCGGCCCCGCAGCGCGCUCCCGCCGCGGGCUGGCUCCCCGGGACGGAGCGGGCUGCGGCGGGGGGCGCGCGGCGGCCGGCCCUCACUCACUCACCAUGCCCGGCUGCGACUGCAGAGGCGGCGGCGGCGGCGGCGGCGGCGGGAGGGAGCGCAGCGGCCGGAGCGCGUGCGGGAGGGAGCGAGGGAGACACACGCACUCACACACCCGCACACGCGGGAGCGCCGCGAGGGGAGGGGAGGGGAGGGGAGGGGAAGGCGGCCGCUCACCGCCGCCCACGUUUACACGCCUGGGGGAGGGGGGGCUCCUCUUCGCCGCUCCCCACUCUCGGCGGCACUUGAAGCUCCGCGUCACCGAAGCCCAGGACUCCCGUUAUUGGAAACGGCGAGCCUGGAGACGGAGAGGGGGCCGGGAGCGGGGCGGGAGCGUCCCUUCCGGAGCCGGCCCCGCGGCUGGGCCAGACCUCCGCCGCCUUUGCCCCGCGCGGCCCUGGGCGCGGGUCCCACCUUCCCCGAGUCCCGCUCGGGGACUCGGGGAUCUGCAAGCCUUUGCCUCUCCCUAG